AUGCAGCAAACCCAACUCGCGCGCGCUGUCCGCCUAGACGCGCGCACCCUCCGGCGACUGCUCAAGCUCGUGCGCAUCCAGCUCGCGCAUCUCCCCCGUCCAACCGUCCCGCUCGCUUUGUCGGUGCCACAUCUCCCGUCGAUCCCCCACCUUCCGCUCGAGUCACUCUCCCUCCUCCCCUCGGCCCUCCAGACCUCUCUCCAGACCUCGCUCCAAACCCAUCUCCCAUCGGUCUCCGCCGAAACCAUAACUUGGUCACUCCGGUCCCUCUCCGGCGCCUCCCAACGCAUCUCCCUCCCCAUCAACUUGAACCUCGACACGACUGCCCUCCAAGCCCUCCUCACCCGCCUCGUCGCAACAGUACACACCCGUCUACCCGCCGCUCUAGCCCGCUCAGUCCCCUCUGACCCAGACCUCCUCCGCGCGGCCGUCCACAAACUCGCAAUCACCCAAGCACGCUCACAUGCGAUCCGGUACGGCAUACAGGUCGCGCUCGGCUUCACUCUCCGCCUUCUUCCCGAAGUUGGACGCAGCCUUCCAGUCCCGCUGAGGCUCGCGCUCAGCCUCGCUCGGCUUGCGGUGCGUCAGGCGAUCGGCCAGGCGGUGCGGGUCAUCGUGGGAAUGGCUAUGCGCCAGGCUGUUGCGGCCAGGCUUGGAGUGUCGCUUGGAAAAAGGUCUGCGCGAGUGGUUGGGGAUAUGGCCAAGCCGAUGGUCGCUGGGCGCUAG